UGAAUGUCCACUAAUCUCUGCAGCAGAAUGGAGCCCUGAGGGAGAGAAAAAUAAAACAAAACAAAAAUCACACUGCCGAGGAACUUUUGAUGCACAAUUGUCAAUUUUCCAGCAAUCACUUCAAAACUGUAUUCCGGCUUUUCAUUUUAGAUAAUGCACUUUACAUUUCUGUUUUUGUACAGUUUGCGUCUUUCUCACGCAGUGGAUUGGGAGUUUUUGGAUGCAAAUGUUCAAUACCGGGAAGAUGAAAUUGACUACAAGGAUCCCUGUAAAGCUGCUGCCUUUUUGGGAGACAUUGCCUUGGAUGAAGAAGACCUGCUUAUGUUUAAAGAAGCCCUAAAAGCAGGACGUGCAUCUCUUAGUCAAAAAGUUAACAGUUCCACUUCCAAUGAGAUCAUCAGAAUUAAGAGAGCUGCACGCAGACAUAAAGGAAGGAGGCGAAGGGCGGCCACAUCCAGAUCUGAGCGGGUUUGGCCGGACGGCAUCAUACCGUACACGAUCAGCGGUAAUUUCAGUGGCAGUCAGCGGGCCAUUUUUCGUCAGGCCAUGCGUCACUGGGAGAAGCACACUUGUGUAACAUUCACUGAGAGGAGCACAGAGGAGAGCUACAUUGUUUACACAUACAGGCCUUGUGGGUGUUGUUCCUUCGUUGGAAGGAGAGGUGGCGGUCCUCAGGCCAUCUCUAUAGGCAAGAACUGUGAUAAGUUUGGCAUAGUGGUGCAUGAAUUAGGCCAUGUCAUUGGCUUUUGGCAUGAGCACACGCGUCCUGACCGAGACGAACAUGUGAGCAUCAUCAGAGACAACAUCCAACAAGGACAAGAGUACAAUUUCCUGAAGAUGGAACCAGGCGAGGUGGACUCACUUGGCGAGGUGUACGACUUCGGCAGUGUCAUGCAUUAUGCCAGGAAUACGUUCUCCAGAAGUGUCUUCUUGGACACAAUUUUACCUCGUUACGAUGUUAAUGGAGUGCGGCCGCCUAUUGGACAAAGGAUCAAGCUUAGCAAAGGGGACAUUGCACAAGCACGAAAACUCUACAAAUGUGCAAGAUGCGGGGAGACAUUGCAAGACAGUUGCGGAAACUUCUCCUCCCCUGAUUUCCCCAAUGGCUACUCGGCAUAUGUUCGUUGUGUGUGGAGGAUCUCUGUCACACCUGGAGAAAAGAUUGUUUUGAAUUUCACUUCCAUGGAUCUCUUCAGUAGUCACCUGUGCUGGUAUGACCACGUGGAGGUCCGAGAUGGCUUCUGGAAAAAUGCUCCUCUGAAAGGCCGUUUCUGUGGAGACACCGUCCCAGACAUCAUCACCUCGAGUGGCAGUCAACUUUGGGUUGAAUUCAGCAGCAGCAGCAGCUGGGUGGGCAAAGGCUUCUCGGCGGUCUAUGAAGCCGUCUGUGGGGGAGAGGUGGAGCAGGACAGCGGCCAGAUCCAGUCCCCCAAUUAUCCUGAUGACUACCACCCCAACAAAAUGUGUGUGUGGAAGAUCACAGUAUCAGAAGGUUAUCAAGUGGGUCUCUCCUUCCAGUCGUUUGAGUUGGAGAGUCACGAUAGCUGUGCCUACGACUAUGUGGAAGUGAGGGACGGCGACUCAGAGCUCAGUCCGCUGCUCGGCCGCUUCUGCGGCUACGACAAACCAGACAAUGUCAAAAGUAGCAGCAGCCAACUCUGGCUGAAGUUUGCGUCAGACGGAUCGGUCAACAAGGCCGGCUUUUCUGCCAGCUUCUUUAAAGAGGUGGACGAGUGCUCCCAUCCCAAUCAUGGCGGCUGCGAGCAGCACUGUGUAAACACUCUGGGCAGCUACAAAUGUGCCUGUGAUCCUGGAUAUGAACUGGCCAUUGACAAGUCGAGCUGUGAAUCAGCAGCCUGUGGCGGCUUCAUCACCGAACUAAAUGGCUCCUUCACCACCCCCGGGUGGCCUAAAGAAUACCCACCUAACAAAAACUGUGUGUGGCAACUGGUGGCACCCGUCCAGUACCGCAUCACUCUGGUGUUUGAUGUGUUUGAGACGGAGGGCAAUGAUGUGUGUAAGUACGAUUACGUGGAGGUGCGCAGUGGUGCGAGCGCAGACUCAAAGCUCCACGGGAAGUUCUGCGGAGAGGAGAAACCCAACUCUGUGACCUCACAACAGAACAAAAUGAGGGUCGAGUUCAAGUCUGACAACACCGUCUCCAAGAGAGGAUUCAAGGCUCAUUUCUUUUCCGAUAUGGAUGAGUGCUCACAAGAAAACGCCGGGUGCCAGCAUGAAUGUGUGAACACCAUGGGUAGCUACAGCUGCCAGUGUCGCAAUGGCUUCAAGCUGCAUGCCAACAAGCACGACUGCAAGGAAGCGGGCUGUGAUCAUAUGAUAAACGGCGUAUCAGGCACAAUUACCAGCCCCAACUGGCCCGAUAAGUACCCCAGCAAGAAGGCCUGCACCUGGGUUCUGUCCACAACUCCGGGUCAUCGGAUCAAACUUGUUUUCAAUGAGAUCGACAUGGAGGCUCAUCUGCAGUGUGCUUACGACCAUUUGGAAAUCUUUGACGGGACAGAUGUCCGCGCCCCGAGCCUGGGACGAGUCUGCGGUUCCAAGAAGCCUUCUCCAAUCGUCUCAAGGGACAACGCAAUGUUCCUGCGUUUCUUUUCAGACAACUCUGUGCAAAAGAGAGGCUUUGAGGCCUCAUACAGAGCAGAAUGCGGAGGGAGCCUUAACGCAGAGGUCAAGACGAAAGAUUUGUACUCCCAUGCCGAGUUUGGAGACAACAACUACCCGGGAGGCUCCGACUGUUUGUGGGUCAUCUCUGCCGAGAAGGGUUACGGAGUGGAGCUCCUCUUUCAGGUGUUUGAGGUUGAGGAAGAGCGCGACUGCAGCUAUGACUACGUCGAGCUCUAUGACGGAGCUGACGUCAAGUCCCCAAGGCUGGGACGAUUCUGCGGAUCUGGGACUCCAGACGAGAUCUACUCAGCUGGAGAUGCCUUGGUGUUGAAAUUUCAAUCAGAUGACAGCAUCAGUAAAAAAGGUUUCCACGUGCACUACACCAGCACAAAGUUCCAGGACACUUUACACGUGAGCAAGUGACUCUAAACCUCAAAUGCAGACUCAAACAUUUUGGUCGGCCGCACCCAUUUCCAGUGAGGAGUGGAUGGAUGAAUUUGCACCGCAAACGUGACAUUUACAGCAGACAAAUUACAUAUUUACUCCUUCUUACUGUGUUGCAGCUCCCAGUGAUCAUUAAGGACUAGUUUUACAGACUUUGAGGUGCAUACGUUUCCUCAUGCUGCUUGUAUUGUUUUUUUUUUUUUUAGCUCUAUGAGGAUUUAAAAUGCACAUUUAUAAAUUCUCACUCUUGUGAUAGCCAAUACAAGAGCUGUAUUCUUAUAACCAAAAUACAGUACUCUACAGCGUCCCUCGGUAUAAACCAGCGCACUUCUACAGAACACUACUACAACCAUAAUAAUAAACAUAUUGUUAAUACCUUUGAGAUAUGGGGUAUUAGAUCUCAUGAUAUUUUGCAAAUGUACCUAAUGAAGUGCUGCUAAGUGUAGUUUAGUAUGUUUUCUUGACCCUCCACUCUCACUUUGUGUCUAAUUAAUAAUAAGAAAUAAAGCAGUUCAGUUGUACAGAGGUGUUUACUUGCAGUCCAAUACAAAUCCCUGCAUUGUACACAUAACACACAGCAUUUUCCACCGUUUUCAAUGUAUGCGCAUCAACAUCAGUCAGUGUUCAUACUGACACGGACCACACUUUCAUGAUUAACUGUAGCACAACCUGACAGUGCCACCAUUACUUAAUGAAGUAUUUUUGGGAGGGCAGUCAAAAAUAACACCUUAACGGUGGUGACAAUUUCAUUGCAUUAAUUACAUGAACAUUUUUAGCUAAAUUAACGUAUUUGCGCAUCAUUGACUACACCUCUCUGUUAUGACGGAAGAUGGAGGCACAGUGUAGCGUCCCCACAGAGUCACACAGUCUGACACUCUUUUGUACCUUUAUUCUGACCUGGACACAUCAACAGCAAUGCAAUUACAAAACUACAUACAAUGACCUAAAUAUUGGCAUGUCAAAGAUGCCAGUGUUUUUGGCCAUAGCUGUAUAAAUUAGGCUGAUUUGGUGGUAUUCCAUACAGGCAUGGUUAAAAACAUUGGCAUCUUUGGGAUGCCAAUACUUAUGGGCAUGACUGUAUUUAUCUCAAACCCGCAAAAAAGUCUAUGCGUUCGUCCUGGGAACAACACUUCCUCAUUCUCGAGGUGCAUUCAAUGAACUAUUUAUUACGUGUAUAUGUGUAGUCUAAAUGAACUCACUUUUUGAAGAUGAAAAACUUUUAUUAGACUUAUUGAAAAUAAUGCGGCCGCAGAUCCAGUCUACUGGCUUUACAAAUCAAUCUACAGUAAAUCUACAUUCUGUACAAAAGACCGUUUUCUUCACAUUUUGUUAAAUCUUUGGCAAGAAAACUUUAAGAGGCUCAUUCUCAUGCACUUUAUCCAAAAAUCCCAAGUUGAAGUAAGGGUAGAGCGUCUCAAUGAAGCUCUCCCUGAAGGUGUACAGGUGUGUCAUGGUUUCUGCAUUGUAAAAGGACACCAGGCCUCUCUUGUAGUCCAGGUACACCCCGAUCCUGGCCAGCGGCUCCUCCAAGGACAGAACAGUCGGCGGGGAUGUGCCUGCCAUAUACUGUAUCCCGUAAGAAAGUGAGAGGGUCCAGAAGCCGUUAGCCGGAAGAGCUUUGAUGACCCCCUUUCUGGGAACUGACUCCCUUGCUACACCCACAGUCCAGACAGUGCUACUGUAGACCUCGAUCUCCCAGUAGUGGCGCCCGUGGGUGAAACCCUGGCUCCCGAGCAGCGACAGGGCGGCGUUGAACCUGUAUGGGUUGUCCUCCACAGCAUGGUUGAAGGUCUGGUAGCGUACGCAGGUCAGUGAGGAGGUCAGGCUCAGCCAAGGGUUGGCUGUGCUGGAGUUGAACGUGAUGGCUGCUGGGACUAAAAGUAAAAGUGUAGCAAUACUUGCACGUGGUGGUAUUUUUACAUGAAACCUAUUUUUAUAAGUUACAUACUAGGCAUAAUUAAUAGUACAGUCGUCCCUCGCCACUUUGUGGUUCCAAUUUUACGGCUUCUGUCUAUCACGGUGUUUCAAAAUAAAUUUGUGGUUGACUACGGUCUAUUAUUAGUCAUAAAAUAUGCAUAUUUAAGGAAAUUUUAUGUAUUUUUUUGCCAAAAUUAAGCAUUUUCAACCAUAAUAAUGGAUGAAUGAAAAUACAAAUACAGAAUAGAGCAUUCAGAAGUAUUCAGAGAUGUGAUAUGUAGUAUUCUACACUGGUCACUAGGUGUCAGUAAUGUUACAUUGAUGCGACAAUAGCCACUGCAGGAAGUACCCUGUCCAGAAAACUCUCCCAGUGCUAACGUUUGAGAGUAUAUGUUAUGUCUUAUUUAUGUCUAAUAUGUCUCAUUUCCUAUUGUCAUGUUUACUGUGUUGGGUAUUAUGAGUGUAAAGGUGACUAUAGGAGUGUUACUUCAUGUCUAUAGGGCUCUAAUAUUGUUAAAACUUGUAUUUAGAAAGUCCUAAACAGGUCCUCCGCACUCUUAUCUACAACAAUACUCCAUUUCUAAAUAAACAACCCUACUUUGCGGAAAUUCACUUAUUACAGUCAGGUCUGGACCCAAAUAACCAUGAUAAAUGAGGGAUUGAUGUAAACUGAUUAAUAAACUGAUUGAUUAAUUGUGUCAUGAAGCAAAGUGAGGCAAAACAAAGUGGACUACUUGCCUGCCAGCAGCAGUGCUGUUGAUUGAGUCUAAAUGCGUUUGUUGUCGAAAGAAGCCCAUUAUAUUAAAUGAUGUAGGAUUUGUUAUAAACUGAGCUAUAGGCUAAUGUAAAACAGGCCAAUGCAGCCACUGGGCUGUUGUAACUGACAAAAAUGGCUUUGAUUGUAAAAGAAAAAAAUCUAUAUUUGGUGUAACCACCAGCUAAUGCAAACUCUCCACUGCUUGUGUGAUAGUUGCAGUUUUCUGGCGUCCACUUGCUAACCGACUCCUCUAAAGGCAAGUUAGAUGUCAGUGAAGUACCUGGGUAAAUACUGCUUUUCAUGGACUUCCACACUCUGUACUGCAGGGGCCCCGCAAAGCGUCCUUCACACAGACUGGGAGGCGUAAAAGCUGGCUUCUCAAACUUCAGCGACGGCCUGCCAAUAAAAACCCCAAAGCGGUGAAGAGAUGUAAUAAAAACAAAUCUUACGUUUUCUCACACUCACCUCUGCAGCAAUACUUUGAUGCUCUGAAAGGAGACCCAGGGAGGAGAAAAAUGAUGAUUAGUUUUGUUGUAUCUGACAGGGUAGAAAGCUUUUUCCACAUUACAUCAACGUCUGGGCCCACCCAAUGGGAGCUCCCUGUGGCUGGGGGAAAGUCCCUUAGCCGAGGGCCAGAGAGCUGACCCGAGGACUCAGCUAAGCUCCUUAUUCUGCUGAUCAACAAGUGAGUGCUCACUGGCCCCGCAUCCUGUCCUGUCCAGCAGACUCUUUUGUUACUGGGAAGCAGGAACAGGAACAACUUGACCCUGUUUGGCUUCUUUAGAAUUGUGUGCAGACUUGACAGGAAAAGCAAAGAGGUCCCACCCUACUCUGCUCACGUUCUUCUAGUUAUCCUCUAGUUGAAAUGAGAGCUCAGCAACUCUGCACACAAUCAUCUCCAAAUAUGACUCAUUUGGGGAAUUCCCUUUCUUAUUUAUGGGAUUUUUACCCGCAGCAGAGUGAAGGGGUCCUGCUCCCUCAGCUUGUCCUCUAUCUCUUGGAGGGCUCUCUGCAGGCGGGAGAUCUCCACACACAGCAGGGCUUUGUGCUCGUCCAGGCGGAUCAGCUCACGGCGUUCCUCUGUCUUCAGCUUCACCUGCAGCAGCUUCUCCUCCUGGUAGAGGAACUGGUGCAGGUCGCUGAACUGGGCCUCAAUGCGUUGCUUCAGGUCGGCCGUGUGCUCCUGAUGAGGUGCAAAGACGUGGUCGUUGUGUAGAUGAAUAAUCUGACCAACACAUUUAAAACACACUCACCUUGAGCUUUUUGACUUCAUCCUCAGCUUCCCUGUCACACUGAAGCGCCGUAUUGAGUUCAGCUUUUAGGGAGUCCAUGGAGCUGUUCAGAGAUGCCUAAUUUAUUGGACAAAGAAAAAGACUUUACUAGUUUCAAAGGUGCCCCAUUCAAAAUAUGUAUCAUGUCUAGUGGGCUACGUAGUGGUCGUCUGCAAACGUUAAUUUACAGUAAUUACUGCUUCCAGUAAUUACUACUUCCACCAAGUGUGAGCAAGCACAAGAGGAGAAGGUGCUUUUUCCAGUUUUUAUGCCUGUAAAAAAACUGCAUGGACACUAGCGACAUCUGGUGAACAAAAGUUAGUGGGUUUACGCCAAAACAACAAAAAAGAUUUCAGCAGAACUUUGUACAAGGACGAACUAAGAUUUGGUGAGGAUCUGGAUAAAGGUGCAAAUUGCAUGAACACCAGUGACAUCUAGUGGUCAAAAUUAAUACUAGCCAAAAGGUAAACAAAUGAGUGCGUUUAUCCGAAACAGCAACAGAUUUCAACUGAACUUCUUAAAGGAGUGGUGCCGGGAACAACAAAAAAAAUAGGAUUUGGUGAGGAUCUGGAUAAAUGUGCAGAAUUUCAGGCUUUGCUCCCAAAAUCAAAAAUAGCAUCACCUGUCUAAUCUCAAUCUUAGAGCAAGUUAAGAUGUACGUAAAUUAGUGGGGUUAGGUAAAAAAAAACAAAAAAAACCAUCCCCGAUAAGGAAGAUGUAUGGUGAGGGUCUGGAUAAAGGUGCAGCUUUUCAGUUUAGGCCCCAGAAUCUCAAUCCUAAAACUAAAUCCAAUGUAUGUAAAUUAGCGGGAUUAAGACAAAACGACAACAGGGAUUGCAACUAAACUUCAUAAAGGAAGGGACAAAGAUGAACUAAGUGUUGGUGAGGAUCUGGAUAAAGGCGCAGAUUUUUCAGUUUUGGCCCCGGACUCGCAAAUGGUGCAUCAACACCAGUAAUAUUUAGUGAUCACAUUUAAAACUAGUUAAGACAUAUGUCAAUUAGCAGGAUUACGUCAAAACAAUGACACCAACAAGAAAGAACAAAAUUUUGGUGAGCAUCAGGAUAUGGUGCAGAUUUUCAUGUUUUACCCACAAAAUUGAAAGCUGCCGGCCAUCGGAAAACUGCACAGCAAUAAUUAAAGAAAAAAUCAUUAUUUCAUGCUUACCCUGUACUUUUGCUCCGCGUCUUGGACACACACCAUGGUGUGGUUCCUGUGCUCCUGUGAGAGUCCGCACACCAAACAAACCAGCUCCUGGUCCUCCUCACAGUAAAGCUUCAGCUCCUCUCUGUGGCGACUGCAAAGCGGGGCCGGGGCGGGCGCCUUCUCUGCCGGGGCAGCGUCGACCAAGCGACCCCCAUUCCCGCUCUCCUCUAGCCCUUGACAGUAACUCUCCACAAUGUUGGCCACGAUUCGGUUGGGCCUGUAGCUCUGACCCGGGUACACCUUCCUGCACUGGGGGCAGGAGCCCGUCACCCCCUGGCCGUGACCCCGAGGUCCAGCCCAGUAUCCUACAAUGCAGCCCUGGCAGAAGGUGUGAUCGCAGGGCAAAGAGACGGGCUGCUUGAAGAGGUCCAAGCAGAUCGAGCAAGUCAGGUCUCUGCUGAUUCUGUGUGCAGAACUUUUGGUCACCGGUGCGACCAGGGCGGAAGGCUGUCGCAGCUUUUCCAUCGCUGUUGGUGUGGCAAAGUCUCCUUCUUUUGCCUUCCAGGUUUUCUUCUCUUGCUUUGCCCCUUGGUUGAGCUUCUCCACAUUCUGCAGAUAAGCUGACUGGAUCUUCUUCACUUCUUUCUGGUUCUUGCUCAUGUUUUUUGCCUCGUUUGGACUUCUUCGUCUUCCUCUCGUACACCGUCUGUGGCCUCCAGUCUUCCUGUUGACUGUGAAGGAAGGAGGUGGUGGACAGCCUCUCACAUCUCAGUGGGAGACGCCUCCUCCUACUUUCCCUCCUCCUCUCCGCUCUCUCUCUCUAUCUCCAGACAGUUGGCACAUCUCAGGCAGGAAACUGAGGCUGAUCUCUCCAAACCACAUCUACAACAAAGCCCGCACCACAGUGCUUUUAAUCUGCUGCAAAAAAAUGUAAAUCCGCUUCAUGCCCGAAAUUCAGACAGAUUGGCAUCAGUGUCAACAAGCACCAGCAUGUUUCUCCUGUUGAAAUACCCACUUAGACAAACACUUGGUGCAACUUUGUCCACUUUUAUAACACUUACUUAUGUUCCUUACAUGCUGGAACAUUUGUGAGAGGCCCUGUGUUAUUACUCAGAGACACAUAAUGACAGGCCGGUAGAGGACUUUGGCAUUGUGUGUGUGUGUGUGUGUGUGUGUGUGUGUGUGUGUGUGUGUGUGUGUGUGUGUGUGUGAGAGAAGUAUGUUGGUUCCCAUCCUGUCCGUGUGCGUGGGAGUAUUCCAGGGUGGUAACAACAGAGGGAUGUUGUUUACAGAGAGCCAAGUAGUCAAACGUGUCGUGAAAAGACAUAGUUAUCCCACACCACUUCGGGGUUCGAACAACUCGUCCUCACUCUAUGGUUUUUCAAAAAUGAUUUAAUUAAUUAAUAAAAAAUAAUAACUGUUUUGUGGUUGACUAUGCCCUAUUAUUAGUUUAAAAAAAAAGCACAUUUAAGCAAAUGUGCUUACGUAAUCUUGGCAUUAAUUAUGCAUUUUCAAGCAUAAAAAUGGCUAAAUGAAGCAAAACGCAAGCACAGUAUUGGCAUUUAAAGAAGUUUACUGCGUAUUCUACACUGGUCGCUAGGUGUCACUAGCAUCCCCAGACUUGAUCCCAGAACAACAGGCUUUUAUUUGAGUUUGAAUUAUCUUACUGGCAUAAUAAUAAUAACAUAAUAAUAAUACUACGGACUACUUUUGUGCUAUAACCCAGCUAAAACUCAUCUGUCAACCCCCGACGUCACUUCCUGUUCGUGCUUCACUGGAAGAGCAACACAUAGAAGUCUUUUUUUAUGACUUAAAUGGCUUAUUUUUUCUGAUGACAUCUACUAUAUUGGGUAAUACAAGGUUAAAGGUGGUAAUAGGAGUGUUAUUUCGUGUCUAGAGGCCUCUAAUAAUGGUAAAAAACGUAUUUGAUCAUUUUCUACUUGCAUCUUGUUUGUUGUCGGCCUUAAAAAAUAAAAUUAACACAUUUAUAAUAAGAUGAUAAUAAGACUUACAGUGUAUAAAUUAGAUAAAUAAAUAAAUAAAUAAAACAGUUGCAGGCUGCACUUUGAACGCCCCUAUCUAUCUAUCUAUCUACCUACCUACCUACCUACCUACCUACCUACCUACCUACCUAUCUACCUACCUAUCUACCUACCUAUCUAACAAAACAAAGUUGGGCAAACAUGUAUCAUAUUGUGGGAAUAAAGUUAAAAUAUUAUGAGAAUACAUCUUAUGAAGAUUAUUUAAGAUGAAAAUUUAAAUAUUUGGAAAAUUGAAAAAAAAACACAGCAAAGCUGUUUCAUCUAUAUCACAAAGCUGAGAUGCAGUUCUUCUUAGCAUAUCUACAUGUGUUGAUUUAAACAUUAUCCAAGUGGCCCCUGCAUCCUUUCUUUUUUCAGUACACUCCAAAAUCUAAUACAGUGCUGUACUCAAUUGUUUAGAUGAAACAACUCCUUGAAUUUUUGAGGUGAAUGACAAGAAUGCCGCAGCUACUCAUUACUGAGUCCUUUUAUGAAAAUUAUCAUUUCUAUUUUUAGGGAGGGUUCUUUUUCUUUUAGCUGCGGUCUUAAACUUUUGAUCAGCUGAGGAACAGCCUAUUUCACUUUAAUGGUUGUUUGCAAUAAAUUGCUUGUGCAAUUUAUUUUUGUGUGUCACUCCCAUGGUUUUCUUUUUGUAUUUUGAAGCUCUACUUAGAAUCUUCUUAAGAUCCAACAGUGCAAAAUGUCAAUUCUUGCAAUUUUUCAACUGGUCUUAUAAAAGUUUGAUCAGCAGUGUAUAAUAAUAGUCCAGUUGGGGAAUUAACAUUUUUCCAAGUUAUAAAACACAUAAUUGUGUUAAACGUUAUUAGGUAAUGUUAUUACGUUAAAACAUUUUUAUUCCGUAAUGCACGAAAUAUUUGUAUUUUCUUCAUAACAUUUUGAAAAACAAAACCAACAUGCAAAUGGCCAUUUUGUUCUAUAUUUCUAUUUGUGUUUUUUUAUGCUUGAUAUUAUGUAUAAUAUUUGCAUAACAAUCCAUAUUGUAUGUAUGUAUGUCUUCCAACAUUUCAUUGCACUAGUAAUUUUCAUGCGGUGGAAGAUUAGAAGUAGA